AUGUCUUGCCUGCCGAUGAUGCCCGCAGCCGCCUGCAUGUCACUAUGCCGACAACCAUGUGAGCAGAAGUGUGCACAAUUUACUCCGAUUCUAAACAAAUGCCUUCCCGCAUGCAAACCGACCUGUUCACCUCAGUGCAUGAGCCAAGCCGUGAUGAAUCCUGCCCUAGUAUCUUCACUUCAACAAUUAUUCCCAACAGUUAAAAAACUAGUCAGGCCAGCCGCAACAGCUGCAGCCUUACAGGCUGCAGACCUGCCAGCGAUGCCAAAUGCUAACGGAGGAAGCCAUUCAGUGCUAUCAUUUGUUGACUCACCAUCUUACAUUGGAGAACCUAAUCAACCUCAGGAUUAUGCACCUAUUCGGGGAUCUCUUCCCGAAGAGGCCAUGCCACCAGCAUCGCUCCGAGGACCUCUUCCUGAAGAAGCCAUGGUACCACCAGCAUUCCGGGGUCCUCUUCCUGAAGAAGCCAUGCCGCCAGCACCGUUCCGAGGACCUGCUCCUGGAGAGGCCAUGCCUCUUGUUGCCGACCCUCCUUCAGAAGCUGAGCAGCUGGACCAAUAUCCGCCAUCAACUCUUCCACCUGAGUCUCUCCGAUCAGUUGGCCCAGAAACUCAGCUUCCACCAUCUGCAGCGGAUCAGGCAGGACCCAUUGUGACAUCGGAAGCAUACCAACAAUCGUUUGGAGAACCUAUAUCUUCAACGUACGGUCGCGAGUUCAUGAGUGAAGCAGGUCGCGAUUUUAUGGGUGGAGAACGUGGAGCACAUCGCGGCUUUAUGGGUAGACCACAGGAAGAUGAAGAUUUUUGGCGAAGGAGGUUCAUCUCCAAAAAGCGAAUUGACUUGAAGAGGUAUGGAACCAAUCAGUUCUCUAUUUGCACUCUCCAAAAAAACUUUCCAUUCAGAUUAAAUAUGGCAUCGUCGAAUAUCAGCCACCUUCCUGCCUGAAG